CGAGAAUGGAUCCCUAUCUAUCCAGGACUCUUCAGUCACUCACCCGAAGCAAGAUUCAUGAAUUGGAAAAGCACCGUAGCACCUACGAGACUCGCAAGGCGGAGACACUGGCAACUGCAUCCAAAUGUCCAACACUCCGAGAUCGGGUUGCACAGCUUCUCGUGGGAACGAAGAAGCUCUCCCCGGGUGCUGAGUCCGACAAUGAGAUUACCAAUAUUGAACAUUGGGUGGAUCAAGCUCGAUUUGACUCGACAAUUCCACCAGAUAAGCUGGAAGGCUUCGAGACCCAUCUGCGCGAUAGGUUGGAUGCGUACAGUCGGAAAUUGAAUCUCGCCGAUUUGUAUUCGCGUCUUCUCACCGAAUGGAUGGAUCCUCCUUCAAAGAAUGACGAUGUGACAAAUCAUUCUAGUGAGGAUGAAGACUUUGAGAUUGUAGAUGAGCGGCAAAAGGAGAGACUGAAGCAGCUAUGCGACCAGUUUGAGGAUAUGGUCUUCAAUCCCUGUGAAACAAGCCCGGCCGAAAUCACUUCGUUUCUGCAAGGUCUUUUCCCAGGAGAGAAUGGUGUGAAAUCCUUGGAAAGUCUUCGAUCCAAAGUCAGCGUCGAAUCGCAAGCAAUCUGGGAUCAAACGGACCCUUUCACAGUUGAUUCGUUGUCCCAAUGCAUCCGAGGCCUUCGAACUGAGGAGAUUAUCAGCGAGCAGAAGCAGCAGACACUGAAGCAUUUUUUGGACAACAAGGUAGUUUUGAACGAAAUUGCCGAUGUGCUCAACAUGCGAUACGCCGACCUCGGGAGCUGGGACUGGCAUGCCGAUGGUGAAGGUGUUCCUGUGCUUCCACGGCAGCAGCUCAACGGCAAAUACCGAAUUUGGAUGGAUGAUGACGUGCUGGAAACGAUAUUUGUCGAACACAUUUGCAUACGACUUUGCCAGAUGCUCAAGGGUAUUUUGGCGAGAUUCAUCGCGGACGAGCAGUCCGUGUGGGACGUUCCUACAAAGCCAAAAAUGACUCGCCGUGACCGGCUACGUCGAAGAUACUAUUGCAGCGAGCAGGGGAGUGGCAGUCUGGAGGCCUGUCGAAAAGCCGAGUUCCAGAAUGAUUUCUUCCUUAUGGCACUUCCAGACGAGGAGGGCUCUAGUUGGGGUUACGAUGAGGAUGGGGAUGAACACGCCAUGGUGCAAGGAAGAAAGAGUGUCAAGCAAAUGUUGCUGAGAAAAGUCGUUACCGAGACCCUCUUGGCACGUCAUCUUGAUGGUGAGGCCGUUGUGCUUCAGUCGGACUUACAGUGGUACGCGACUUCGAUCCCACACAGCACAGUCUAUACCGCCCUCGAAUUUAUCGGAUUUUCUGAGAAUUGGGUUGAAUUCUUUCGAAAAUAUCUCGAGACUCCGUUGAACAUGGACAACUCCUUCGAGGGACAUGACCGGGUCGGGCCUCGCAAACGCAGAAGGGGAAUUCCUAUUGCACAUGCCUCUGAGAAAAUUAUUGGCGAGUUAAUCCUCUUCUACAUGGAUCUUGCUGUACGACGCGAGACUGGGGUUCUUCUAUAUCGUAUUCAUGAUGAUAUCUGGCUCUUUGGGGAGCCCCAGAGGUGUGCGCAAUCGUGGGAGAUUAUGAAGAGGUUUGCAAAUAUCACCGGCCUCGCGUUUAACAAAAGCAAGACUGGAUCGGUCUAUCUGAGCAAUUCGAUCGAUCCUUUAAUCGCCUCGCGAUUGCCGACCAAUCCGGUGAAAAUCGGCUUCUUGAUGUUGGACCCUUCUUCAGGUGACUGGGUUAUCGACCAUUCACAGGUCGAGACUCACAUUGAUCAACUCAAGACACAAUUGGAUCAGUGCAACAGCUUGCUUUCCUGGAUACGAACAUGGAACAGCUGCAUCGGCAGAUUCUUCAGAAACACUUUUGGCGAGCCCGCAUACUGCUUCGGGCGGCCACACAUCGAUGCCAUCCUGGCCUCGUAUGAGAAAAUGCACAAAGCCAUAUUUGGAACCAAGCCCGAGAACGCACACUGUAGAGGCACAUUGACUGAAUACCUCAAAAAUGAGAUCAAGUCUCGCUUCGGCGUGUCUGAUGUUCCGGAUGCUUUCCUUUUCCUUCCUGAAAAACUGGGAGGGCUAGGCGUGAGAAACCCAUUUGUCUCGAUCUUUCCGCUACGCCAGUACUUGCAGAACUCCCCCCAAGAGCUAGUGGAAUUUUUUCUGAAGUCAGAGCUUGACGAAUAUGAUACCGCAAAAAUUAAAUUUGAGAAGAAGACCUCGCAGCAGCGGGCGAGACUUCUGGAAAGGCUGAGACUUGAAAACCCGUCAGAUGAAGACAAGAUUGUCUCUUCGAGUGAGAUGCAUACAUUCAUGACCUUUGCAGAAUGGAGUCAAUUCCGCGACGAAACGAGUCCCAGUCUGACGGCCUUGUACCAGCGGCUCAUGGAUGUUCCUGGUCAAAGAUCACCUGGAACCACCGAGAAAGUCGAAUCGGCCUUGCGAAAAGCCCGGGAAGAAUUUGGCCUCCGAGGCAUUGAUGCCGAAGGCAAGUGGAUCUUGUACAUGUAUGCGGAAGAUCUUUUGACAAAUUUUGGCGGAUUGAACCUGGUUGACAAACAGUAUUUGCCCACGGGAGUUUUGGACAUGAUCAAAGAAAAGAAAUUUACGUGGCAGAUGGUUUUGUGAGAGUGCUACAGCCCAUGGCGAUGUCCUGGACUUUCAGGGG